AUGGCCAGCAAGGAAACGAUUCCGUCCCCUGCUCAGGGUGUCGGUCCCAUCUAUCGCUCUGAUGUGGAGAAGCCCACGGCGACAGUCUCGAAGGAGGUGCCCUUUGAGAAUGUCCACGUGCUCGCUCAAACCCCUCAACUGAUUGCUCUUCUGACUAUGAUCCGAGACGAGCGGACGGCACGCGCGGACUUCAUUUUCUACUCCAACCGUAUCAUUCGACUUUUGGUUGAAGAAGGUUUGAAUCACCUUCCCGUGGUUGAACAGUCUGUGACCACCCCUGUCGGACGGGCCUAUCUGGGUGUCAAAUUCGAGGGCAAGAUCUGCGGCGUGUCGAUUAUGAGAGCUGGAGAGGCCAUGGAACAAGGACUGAGGGAUUGCUGCCGGUCUGUCCGCAUUGGAAAAAUUUUGAUCCAGAGAGACGAGGAAACCUGCAUGCCCAAACUUUUCUAUGACAAGCUUCCGACUGAUAUUGCUGAUCGAUGGGUUCUCCUGCUUGACCCGAUGUUUGCCACUGGGGGCUCGGCCACCUUGGCAGUCGAAGUUCUUAAGGAGAGGGGAGUGCCUGAGCACCGGAUUCUAUUCCUAAACCUCAUCGCAAGCCCCUCUGGUGUCGCGGAGUUUGCCGAAAGGUUCCCUAAGCUCCGGGUUGUCACGGCAUUCAUUGACCAAGGACUGGAUGAAAAGAAGUACAUCAUUCCUGGUCUGGGUGACUUUGGUGACCGCUAUUAUACGCUAUAA